AUGGCAUCAUCCCGCGCCGAAGGCGAAAAUGGGGGAUCUAGCCCCAACACGUCGUCUUCUAUCAUCGGCCAGAACUCUUCGCAAAGUUUCCAAACGGGCCUCGCGUCUUCUGAGACAGGGCCGUCAACCCCGAGAUUCCCAGCCAGUGUGAACAUAAUCACCAGCGGCCAGCUUGUUCGCAUCCAACGAUACCUCAGGCAUCCCGGACUCGACCUCCCAGCGGACGUCAUCACCUACAGGAAUGCCGACUUAGCCAUUGCUCUGGGCGCCUGUGAUGACAACUUGGAUCCGAAGGGCCCCGAUGUUUGCGUGCCGGAGGCCCAGAUGCCCCGCCAUGUGUCUGGCCACGUCGAAGGGGUUUUUCCCGCAGCGUUCAGUGUACUCUACAACCAAGAGGAAAUGGACCAAACGAUGCCAUUGACGUGGCAGCAGAUCCGUGAGCUUGUUGACAUUUAUGUGGCCGCCCGCGAAAGAUAUCUCGGCGACCCAACAGAGACGAAGGGCGAUCACAGCCAGAGGCGGUUUGUCGAAAAUGUUGACAAGUGGAUUGCGAUGACGAAGAAUCGAGGUGCGAUUUCGGAUGAGCUUACGUUCCCAGCCAAGACACGAUGGGCUAUCGCAAGCGAUCCGCUCCAUUCACGAUGGAAAGAAUCGACAAAGAGACAGUUGGUUGAGGAAAGCAGGGAGGAAGACCGGAAGUGGAAAGCGCAGAAGGAGACGGAGGUGAAGGAGAGGGAGCUCGAAGAGAAGAGACUAAAGCUACAGAGAGAGCAGAGGGAGUGGAAGCAGAAGCAGAAGGAGUUCCAGGAGAUAAAAGAACAACUGCAAAAGUCGCGGAGAGCGCAGAGGGAGUGGGAGGACAAGGUAAAACAACGGAUAGAGAGGGAAGAGAAACAGCAGAGAAUAGAAAAAGUACGAGAAGAGAGAGCGCGGAAGGAGCGGGAGCAGAAAGAGAAACAGCAGAAGAUAGAGAAAGCACGGAAGGAGAGGGAGCAGAGGGAUGAAGAGCGUAAGGAGAGGGAGCAGAAAGCGAAAUUAGAUAAGUCAGAGAGAGCGCGGAAGAAGAGGGAGCAGAAGGAAAAGGAUCGGGAGCAGAUGCUACAGAAAGAAAGGAUCAAGCAGGAAAGGGAACAUAAGGAGAGAGAACAGAGGGAGAUAGAGCAAAAGGAGAAAAGGCAGAAGGAGACGGAGCAGAACGAGAGAGAGCAAAAUGAGAGGGAGCAGGAGGAGAGAGCGCGGAAGCAGAGAGAGUUGAACGAGGAUAUCGCAAAAGAGCGGACAGAAAGGGAGUGGGAGGCGAGGGAGUGGAAGAAGAGGAAGAGAGACUCCAACGGCCAGGCUCCUGGUGUUGCUAUGCGACCAGAAACCCGCUCAUCAAAUGCUCCCGAGGACGCGGAAGGCGUUCGACGAAGCCACCAACCACAGAUACGCCCUCGCAACGCCAACCGAGAGCAUAGAAGGCGGUGA